AUGGCCCUCAAGGCGUUUUUAUUAGAGAAGGUGGAUGCAGCAAUUGUAGAAGUUGGUAUAGGCGGUCGUUUUGAUCAAACAAAUUUCAUUAGGAGACCCGCUGUUUCCGUUGUUACCGGUGUAUCUCUGGAACAUACGGAUGUUUUGGGAGACACUCUUGAGAAGAUUGCUUUAAACAAGGCCGGCAUUUUCAAGCUAUUCAGCUCAUUUGAACUUCCGACUCAUUUGAGCCUGUUCAGUAUUGACCAUACACCAUUGAAUCCAACGGAUUGGAAUCUAGUAUCCAUAUGGUUUCAAGGCCACAUCUAUCCAUCGAUAGAGGCAUUGAUUGGAGCCUACGAAAAUGGCUCGGUCCACAUUAUCCAACGGCCUUUUGUGGAUUUAUAUCACACCCAACUUCAGCCCGGCCCGAGUCAACAACAAAACGUGAGGUUUGGAAAUGAUGUACCAACCAGCGAAGCCAUAUCACCCAGAUCUUUGGGGGAUACACUUCGAAGCACCUUCGGUCCAAAACAAAGCAGUCCUUCUUCCUCUAAUUUGAACCGUAAUGGUUUCAAGGGCGUUCAGAUGACGAAAAAGCAUGAUCGAAAUAGACGGAUAUCACUGCGACAGCGCAGAGUGCAAUUUGAACAUUGGGACUUCCACUUUACUCUUCGAAGGGAGACAGGACUCCGAGUGUAUAAUGUCAGGUUUGCAGGGCGAAAGCUGAUAGCUGAAGCGGGAUUGGAUGAAACAGUGACGGCUUAUUGGGGAGUUUCACCUUUUAUGCGCAGUAUGACUUCAUUGGAAUCAAUGUACGGAGUAGGCGCAAUGACCAGCUCACUAAGCCCCGGUAUAGACUGUCCGCUAGAAGCGAUUUACCUCCCAGCCUUGAUGAUCCCAAACGCACAGCAAGGCCCUCGGGUAAUCAAACAAGCGAUAUGCCUAUUUGAGUGGACCAUGCAGCCUCCAGGUGGUCCUGAGAGAAGACAUUUUGAAUUCUUCGGAGAGAAUAUCCAAGCAGUCGACGGAAGUACACCAACGGCUAGUCAUACCAAUUUCGGCUUGGGAGUGCCUAGCAAAGCUCUUGUGCUUCGCUCCAUUGCAAGUCUUUUUAAUUAUGACUAUAUAUUCGACAUUGUAUUUCACAACUCAGGGGUUGUUGAACUGGCGGUGACUCCAACAGGGUACGUUCAUCUUGAUACCGUUUUCUCUCAACGGUCUGAAAACAACACGGGUGGCGUUCAAAGACCACAUUCGUGGGACACGAAUCAUGCAUAUGGGUUCCCUUCUAGCAAGUUUCCUAUUUACUUUGUCAUACACCAACAUCUGUUUCUUUACCAAAUCGAUUUGGAUGUCAUGGGAGAAAAAAAUUUUGUUCGUGUUGUUGACACUCACGGACAGAUCAAUCACAACCGGGGGCGGUCCGUCUGUCAACUCCCGGGGCACUCGGAUGAGAGUUCGUGUCCAGCCCUUUGGAUGACAUUUCGAGAUGUAAAAACCGAAACGGAAGCUCGGUAUUCCAUGAAUUUCGAACAUCCCAAGCAGUACUUAGUUUGCCAAAGUGGGUCAGAAGGAUCGGGUCGUGUAAACCCGCGGUGUGUCUCAUUGGUGAAUCGAGGCGCGAUCAAGACGCUGCUCGGGGACAACCAUACGAGGGCAUUCUCAUGGUCCAAAUAUCAAUUGGUUGUGACCAAACGGAAAGCAUCUGAGCCGUAUGCAUCAUCUAUGUUCAAUGGGGUGGAUAUUGUUUCUCCGGUGGUGGACUUCAAUUCGUUCAGCGAAGAUGACGAAAAUAUUCUUCAUGAGGACAUUGUGUUGUGGGUCACGUUGGGCAAUAUACAUUUGCCGCGUCAAGAAGACUUGCCAAAUACAGGAACCAGUGCAGGUCGACUUUCGCUGUAUAUCCAGCCUCAUAAUAUGUUCGAAUACAGUCCAGAUGCCUUUAGCUGCGACAGAGUAUACACAAAUUCGAUGGCAGAAUGGCUUAAGGGCUUCGUUGAAUCGACCGACUGUGUGACGGAGCCAAUACCUAUGCUCUGAUGGGACGCGGUUCUUCACAAUUUCCGCCAGGUGAAGAAACGAAAUAAUGUCGAUCGCAAAUGGCAC